CUGGAAUCUGGCUGACAAGCUUGAAGGAAGUUAUCAGGUGACUCGGGUAUCUUAUCGGCUAUAAAUGAGAAUAACUCUGUAACCAAUUAACCUAUGUAAAGUGUCCGUAUCAGUCUCAUGUUGGUACAUUAGCAAUAUCCGCUUCAAACUAGUACAUACUGGAAUCUAUCACACAGGAGCUUGGGGAAAGACAGAAAGUGAAUGGAGGAUCUUUAAGACCUCAUAAGGAACUCUGAGGAAAAAGCAUCAUGUCUGAUAACAGCAAUAUGACCAUAAAUCUCCUCUUGCUCGGAAGGACACAAAGUGGAAAAAGUGCUACAGGAAACACCUUUCUUGGCAGUACAGAUUUUUUCAGCCGUCUUUCUCCAGGAUCUGUGACCACAGUCUGCAGCUUGGGGCAUAGCUGUCGCAUUUCUAAUUUUGCACGUCGUCAGGGGUGUGAGCUGACGAUACAGGUCCGUGUGCUAGAUACUCCUGGGUAUCCUCACUGCAGCUUGAGGAAGGAGCAGGUCGAGCAAGAAAUAAAAACCGCUUUAGUUCAGCACUUUGGAGAGACAGGUCUACACUUGGCAUUUUGGGUCCUGAGAGCCGACGUUCCAUUAUGUGAGGGCGAAGAGGAUUCCACAAUCCAAUUCAUCCAGAAACUCAUGGGUCCUAACUGGAAGAGCUACACUGCCAUCUUAUUUACUCAUGCAGAUAUGGUUGAAAAGGCUAAGUUUAGUAAAGAACAAUAUUUGCAUUCUGCUUCCAAUACACUACAUAAGCUCAUGCAGUAUGUACAGGAAAAACACAUUUUUGUAGACAAUCAUGCAAUAAUGCUAAAACAAGAAAAAUUAAAAGCUUUAAGAAAAACUUCAGAGUUUAUAAGGCAAAACCAUUACCAGGCCCUUCAAUUUAAGUAAAGAGUGUACAUAUAACUUCCAAAUUCUCAGUUGCUUGUUCCUAUUUUUCCUUUACACUUCCCUCAGACUGGAUGCCUGCCAAUUUGAUCAUUUGCUAACGUCAGUGUUGCAUUUAUCAUAAAAUAAUAAUAUAUUCAAAGUUAAUGAGAAACCAUAUAAUAAAUACAUAUUUGAACUUAGCAAGACAUCAGAGCAAAGGUGUCAUGCACAGAAUGGUAGGAAUGAUGAAACACAAACUAAUAUAUUCAGAUCUCUUAUAUUCAAAGGAAUUUGAGUCCACUUCACCACUUUUGCACAGUGGUUCUGAUAAUUACAUUAAAUGUCUUAUUUCUCAAAA